GCGACCACGACGACGACAACAAUGUCCCACUUCCAGCCCAUUGCUCCGCUUCAUCCUCAAGACCCAAGUACGAUCGAGGCCCCACCUGAUGCAGUGGCAAUCAGUGAAGCGGAAGUUGGAGAGUACCGUGAACAAGACCGUUAUUUGCCUAUUGCCAAUGUCGCGCGUCUCAUGAAACAAGCUGUGCCUCCCUCUGCCAAAAUUGCCAAAGACGCCAAGGAAUGUGUACAAGAAUGCGUGUCCGAGUUUAUCUCGUUCAUAACUUCUGAAGCUGCAGAGCGGUGUCUGGGAGAGAAACGUAAGACGAUCGGAGGGGAGGACAUUCUCUACGCCAUGUCUACCCUGGGCUUCGAUAACUAUGCUGAAACUCUCAAAAUACAUUUGGCAAAACUACGACAACAUGGUACAUCUGGUCCUCCUCCUCAACGAAUAGAACAUCACAUUGAACCGCGAAUGGAGGAAGACCAAUGA